UUGCAAACUGCAAGGACUUCUGAUUUGUGUAAAACUGCUGGACAAAUUGAACACACAUCCCAGAUUACCUCUUCUAUCUCCAUGCUAUUGUAUCGAUCAUGAGCAGAAUAAAGCGAAUAGUGAGUCUAUGGAUGCUAUGGAUGAGUGUGUGUGAGUGCAAGGAAUCAAAGUAUGGUCAUGUUCAGUCCCCUCUGUACCCUGAGCCCUACCCAGUGGGUCUCUAUAUGCAGUGGUACCUGAAAGUUCCUCUUGGCUACCAAAUUCAGCUCACUUUCAACCACCUGGACAUUGAACCUUUUGCAAACUGCUCCAAAGACUCUCUCACAGUUCUGCAUGAUAAUGAAGUUUUGGGGAAGUUCUGUGGCCAGACGUCAACUGACCCUCAUCACCCUGGCAAAAAUCCCAUCAUGUCUCCAAGCAACCAUGUCCAACUGGUAUUUGAGACAGAUGAAUCAAGGCCUCAGAUGCACCUUGGCUUCUUUGUCUUCUAUGAAGCAGUUGCUGUGGACUGUGAAAUUCCAGAUCUUCCAGAUCUGGUGGCCCUAACAGAGGAGCAUCCACUGACAACAUACAAGCAGAAUAUCACCUUCAAGUGUUCAUCAAUAUUCUACCAGCUGGCUGGACAUGCUAACUUCACUUGUGAUGCUAGUGGAAACUGGGUAUCUGAAAGUGGACAGAAUAUAUACCAGAAUGCACCACAGUGUGUUCCAGAGUGUGGCAUGAAUGAAGAGUUUUUUCCGCGUGGACGGGUUUAUGGAGGAGAGAGGGCCAGACUGAAACAGAUACCCUGGCAGCUUCUGAUGAAAGACCGCAUGAGAGUAGGCGCUUCUCUAAUUAGUGAUCGCUGGGCUCUUACAGCUGCUACUGUUAUGGAUAUAUAUGAAAGCCAUACACUGAAAUUCUAUGGAGGAAUGAUUGAUGGGAAAGACAGAAAUGCAGUUAUAAUGGAAACGGAGAAAAUCAUAAUUCAUCCAGAUUAUGAAAGGAAAAUAUUAGGUGUAGACCGGACAACCUAUGAUAAUGACAUUGCCUUGGUGAAGAUGUCUGAAAGGGUGCCACUCAGUUUCAAAAUCAGGCCAGUGUGUCUGCCAGAGAAGUCAGCUGGACCAGUGAUGAAGGGAGCGAUGGGAACAGUAUCAGGGUAUGGAUCAACUGAAAACAGAACUAAAAGUCAGUUUCUGCAGUAUGCUCAUUUACAAGAAUAUUCAGAAGUUCCUUGUUUUCAAAGCAAUUUGAAGAUCACUGAUAAUAUGUUCUGUGCUGGAGGAGAUGAGGCAGAUUCAUGUAGCGGUGAUAAUGGUGGUCCACUAGUCCUUCCAAUGCUGGGAACUGGAUCUCCAAAUAAACCCUACCGACUCGAAGGUAUUGUGUCAUGGGGUCCUCGAUGUGGAAAUAAAGAAUUUAAGGGUUAUUACACCAAAGUACAGAACUAUCUGGACUGGAUCAGAGAAACCAUGCAGAAGAAUUAACAGCAUCAGCAUUUAUUACAAAUAACUACUAGGCUGAUUAUAUAGAAGGUGAUGUGGGACCCAAUUACAGAUGUAUUUAAAUCAGAUGAUACUCAGAAGUCUUGACCAAUAAAACAUGCAAAUAAAUCAAUAUAUUUCAUAUUCUUUAAUGUCACAUAAAAAAUAAAGGUCCUAAAAUUGAUUUUUCAUUUGUUUUUAUUUAGACAAAAGCAGUUAUUCAGUAUUGUUCAAGUCCCCCCCCCCACACACACAAUGAAACCUUUAGGCAGACAAAUCUCAAAAGGCAAAAAAAAAAAACCAAUGAAUCCUUGUAUAACUAAUCCAGUGUGUUUUUUGUUAUUAGACAUACAUUUAAAUAAAACAUAACAUAACCCUCUUUGUAGCUGUUUUAAUAUCCUGAUAAAUAACACUGACCUGGUCAGGCUACUAUGAGGCAACACUGUUGAUAUGGAGUUUGACCCAUCUUAAACUAACAGUCUCAUACUCAGUGUACUCAAACGCUUACGGGAAAUGUUGUGUUUACAAUAAGCCUCUCUACUGUCAUUUUCCCCUUUUGUUUGCUGUUGUUUAUUUCCACAUCUAUUUAUGAUGAAUAUGAAUAUGCAAGUGCUGGUGCAUCAAUGCAUAACAAUACAUAUUUGAUGAGUA